UCACCGGAAACGAUACCAAAGUUCGGGGCGAUGAAAAUUUCCCCAACCGGCACCCACUGGUCACGUCUGCUUCUCUCUGUUGGUCCAUGACGACGCUGGAUCCAGCAUAUUUACGGACUUGGGGUCAACAAUCAUUACUUUAGGUGCCGCGGCCAUUUCACGCUAUGGUUUUGGCUUCUUCCUUUGCCUUCCGAUGGGUCAAAUCACUUUCUCCUUAUCUCCUUCCUUUUCCUGCACAAAAAUCUCUCCCUCGUUCACGAUCGGGCGCCCCGGCCAUCGAAAGACUUCCCUUUUCACUUCCAGAACCCAAAUCUUGACCACCCAUUUGCAGAGAAGCACCAAAACAAUCAGCAGCAUGUCUUCAUCGUCUUCUUCCUCUUCAAUUGCCACACUUAAGAGCGCCAAAACAGAUAUCCAAGAACGCGUCCAAGAUGGAGAAAAGGGCAUCUAUGAUUUGCAGGAAAUGCCUGCAGAACUCCUCCAGGAGUUGGUCUAUGAAGCCUUGGUGUGGAGUUCUCUCCACGGGCUAAUAGUUGGACACAAGAGCAUCGAGAGGUCUGGAACAGUUCCUGGAGUAGGGCUAGUUCAUGCUCCAUUCGCCCUUCUACCUACUUCAUUUCCGCAUGAUUACUGGAGACAAGCUUGUGAUUUGGCACCCAUUUUCAGUGAGCUUGUCGACCGCGUUAGUCUGGAUGGUACUUUUCUGCAAGAAUCACUGUCCAGAACUAAGAAAGUAGAUGCUUUCACCAGCCGUCUGUUAGAUAUCCAUUCAAAAAUGCUGGAAAGCAAUAAAAAGGAGGAAAUACGUCUGGGUUUGCAUCGUUCUGAUUAUAUGCUAGAUGCUGAAACUAAUGAACUGUUGCAAGUGGAGCUCAACACAAUUUCGUCCUCCUUUGCUGGUCUUAGUUGUCUAGUUAGUCAACUUCACAGGUAUUUGCUUAAUCAUCAGGGAAAGCAACUUGGGUUAGAUUCUAGAAGAGUACCUGGGAAUACAGCAGUUAAUAGGUUUGCUGAUGCUUUAGCUCAAGCCUGGAGUGAGUACAAUGACAGCAGUGCAGUGAUUAUGGUUGUUGUGCAAACCGAAGAGCGGAACAUGUAUGACCAGCAUUGGCUAUGCACUGUUCUGAAGGAAGAACAUAAUGUUGUGACCGUCAGGAAAACAUUGAGACAGAUAGAUGCAGAAGGAGAGCUUUUACCUGAUGGAUCUCUUCAAGUUGACCACCAAAGAAUUGCAGUUGUUUACUUUAGAGCCGGGUAUUCUCCUAAUGACUAUCCUUCUGAAUCAGAAUGGAGAGCAAGACUGCUGAUAGAGCAAUCCCGUGCCAUCAAGUGCCCAUCCAUUUCAUAUCAUUUGGUUGGCACAAAGAAGAUCCAGCAAGAGCUAGCGAAGCCUAAUGUCCUGGAACGGUUCCUGGAUAACAAAGAUGACCUCUUAAAACUGCGAAAAUGCUUCGCAGGUUUGUGGAGUUUGGAUGAUCAAAAUGUUGUUGAAGAUGCCAUUGCUAGACCAGAACUCUAUGUUCUUAAGCCUCAAAGAGAAGGAGGAGGGAACAACAUAUAUGGUGACGCAGUAAAAGAAAAAUUGGUUGAACUGCAGAAGGGUGGAAAUGAAGGGCCUGCUGCUUACAUUCUCAUGCAAAGAAUUUUUCCUAGAAGUUUCAUGUCAUUUUUAGUUCGAGAUGGUGUCUGUCAUCAAGCUCCAGCAGUAUCAGAGCUUGGGAUAUUUGGUGCUUAUUUGAGGAAGGGAGAGAAGGUAAUUCUGAAUGAUCAUUGUGGUUACCUGAUGCGGACAAAGGUCUCCUCAUCAGAUGAAGGCGGAGUAGCGGCUGGUUUUGCUGUCCUUGACAGUAUCUACUUAACUUGAUGGUGGUGCCGAGGGCUUUGUUAAAAAUUUUUAUCGGUGGAGUGCAGCUGCCUGCCUCUGCUUGAUCUUGGUUCUUUUUGGGUCCAAAGUGCCCGCAUGCUUUCUUGAUUGAAACUGUGUAGCAUAUUUUGCUCAUUUUUACUGAAUGCUGUUAAGCUAUUUGGAUGCAUGGCUGGCAGGACCAGUCGCUGGGGGGUGCUGAGUGUAAUUUGACACGGCUGAGGGUGUUUGUGCUGUGUCAGCUAACAUCCUUCUAUUGUUUGGCAUCUUAAACAUGCGCUCCUUGUGCUCUC